UUUGACGGAGAAGAGUCUGUAUGUGAUUCACACUCCUGCCGAGGGCACCCGAAUGGAGUAACAGGCUGCAAUGUCAUCUCCACCUGGCCGCCUGGAGAGAUGUGUCACGGGAAUGGGAUCAAGUUUGAACACUUUUCCUCUGGUUUCACCGACGCUGUGAGAAGGAACCAAAAUGCCAGUAAACGGACAGGUCACGGUGGCUGCCUGCACGGGCCCUCAGACCACGGCAGUAAAACUCAGCAUUCAUCGCACGGACUCCGAAGAAGAAGGCGCAAAACCUCCGCGACCGCAAACCUGCAGCAGCCACGCUUUGUGACAACGAAGGGUAUGAUGGGUGUAGUAGGCUGGCUGUUGCUCCUACUCUCCCAGAUGAUGGUGCCUGUGGCGUCCCAGAAGCCUCCAGGUCUCAGUGUGGGUGUGAUCAUGGGCCAGACGCGAUACAUUUCCGAUCAGGAUCUCCGCCCAUCUCGGCGCCCUGAUGAUGCCCUUGACGUUUCCGUGGUGAUACUGAGGAUCAACCAGACAGACCCAAAGUCUGUGAUUACACAGGUGUGUGAGCUUCUGUCACGCACUCGUCUCCAUGGCCUUGUGUUUGCCGAUGGCACGGAUCAGGAGGCCAUUGCCCAGAUCCUUGACUUCCUCUCCGUUCAGACGCAACUUCCAGUCCUGGGAGUCCACGGAGGCUCCUCUAUGAUUAUGGCUGACAAGGAUGAGAAGUCCACUUUCUUCCAGUUCGGCGCGGCUUUGCAGCAGGAGGCUUUGCUCAUGCUUUCCAUCAUGGAGGAAUAUGACUGGCAUAUUUUUUCUAUCGUCACUUCCAAGUUCCCCGGGUACCAGGAUUUCAUCAGCACACUGAAGAUAACCGUGGAUCACAGCUUUGUGCGCUGGGACCUGCAGAGUGUGGUGACUCUAGAUGCCGUAGAUGGCGACCCAAACUCUAAAUCACACAUUGCCCUCAAGAGGAUCCAGAGUCCCGUUAUACUCCUGUACUGCUCCAAGGAUGAGGCUGUGUAUAUACUCGAGGAAGCUCGGUCCUUGGGCCUGAUAGGAGCUGGUUACAUUUGGAUUGUUUCCAGUCUCACCACUGGCAACCCAGACUUUACCCCUGAGGUGUUUCCCCUGGGUAUGAUCUCCGUGUCUUAUGACGACUGGGAGUACCCGCUGGAUACGCGGGUACGGGAUGGGGUGGGCAUCAUUUCAUCCGCAGCCACCUCCAUGCUGCGGGAGAAGGGGGAGCUGCCAGAGGCCCAGAGCAGCUGCUACAGCACACCAUCAGACAGGAGCCCGGGGAAGCUCCCACCUAGUGCCCUGCGCAGACACAUGAUGCAUGUAUGGAAUGAAGGGCGUGACUUAUCCUUUACUCCAGAUGGUUACCAGGCCAACCCCAAAUUGGUUGUCAUCGUCCUGAAUAGUGAAAGGAAGUGGGAGAAGAUGGGCCGUUGGGAGAAUGGGACCCUGGCAUUGAUGUUCCCAGUGUGGCCAAGGUAUAACUCCUUCGGGGAUGAGGAUGCGGAUGAAAACCAUCUCUCAAUCGUCACCCUGGAGGAGAAACCUUUUGUCAUUGUCGACAACGUGGACAUCCUCACCGGCACCUGCAUGAGAAACUCUGUGCCCUGCCGCAAGCAUGUCAAAAAUAACAGCACAUCAGGAGGUUCCUACAUUAAGCAGUGCUGCAAAGGUUUCUGCAUCGACAUUCUAAAGAAGAUAGCUAGGAACGUCAAGUUCACUUAUGACCUGUACCUGGUCACAAAUGGAAAACACGGCAAGAAGAUCAACAAUGUGUGGAACGGCAUGGUUGGAGAGGUGGUGUAUAAGAAGGCGGUGAUGGCAGUCGGUUCAUUGACCAUCAAUGAGGAGAGGUCAGAGGCCAUUGACUUCUCUGUGCCCUUUGUGGAGACUGGCAUCAGCGUCAUGGUGUCACGCAGCAAUGGGACCGUCUCUCCUUCUGCCUUCCUCGAGCCCUUCAGUGCAUCAGUUUGGGUGAUGAUGUUUGUGAUGCUGCUCAUUGUCACAGCCAUCGCCGUCUUCCUCUUUGAGUUUGUCAGUCCGCUGGGCUUCAACCGCAACUUGGCCCAAGGCAAAGACCCACAUGGUCCAUCAUUCACCAUCGGUAAGGCCAUUUGGCUGCUGUGGGGUCUGGUGUUUAACAACUCUGUACCCGUGCAGAACCCAAAGGGCACCACCAGUAAGUUCAUCGUAUCAGUGUGGGCCUUCUUUGCCGUCAUCUUCCUGGCCUCCUACACUGCCAACCUGGCUGCCUUCAUGAUCCAGGAAGAGUUCGUGGACCAAGUCACGGGACUGUCUGACAAGAAGUUCCAGAGUCCAUACUCUUAUUCCCCUCCAUUUCGCUUCGGGACUGUUCCUAACGGCAGCACUGAGCGCAACAUCAGGAAGAACUAUCCAGAUAUGCAUCAGUACAUGACCAAAUACCAUCAGACUGGUGUCCAUGAUGCACUGGCCACCCUCAAGUCUGGAAAGCUGGAUGCUUUCAUUUACGACGCUGCAGUGCUGAACUACAUGGCUGGCAGAGACGAUGGCUGUAAGCUGGUCACCAUCGGCAGUGGGUACAUCUUUGCCACCACAGGUUAUGGUAUCGCCCUGCAGAAAGGAUCCUACUGGAAACGCCAUGUUGAUCUGGCCAUACUGGGCAUCAUAGGAGAUGGGGAGAUGGAGGAGCUGGAGGCCCAGUGGCUGACAGGGAUCUGCCACAAUGAGAAGAACGAGGUGAUGUCCAGCCAGCUGGACAUAGACAACAUGGCAGGUGUCUUCUACAUGCUGGCCACAGCCAUGGGCCUCGCCAUCCUCACCUUCAUCUCUGAACACCUUUUCUACUGGAGGCUAAGAUACUGCUUCACUGGUGUCUGCACUGGGAGGCCGGGUCUGCUAUUCACUAUCAGCAGGGGUAUAUGGAGCUGUAUCCAUGGUGUUCAUAUAGAUAUGAAGAAAAAGAAUCCUGAGCUGGACUUUAGUCCUCAAGCCAACAUGCUGCAUCUGCUCAAGUCUGCCAAGUCCAUGGCUUUGUCUUCUCCCAAACGCAACACUGUAGUCUUGCAGCCUAACAUACUAGAUGUGAUGACGGGGAAAGGUAACUCACUCCAUAGUCUGCCCCAGAAGGGUCCUGGUCUCUAUAGCAACGCCGCUGGCCCGCACAGUUUCUUGUCAUUGUCCGGGAGACACAAAAACCUCCUUAACAAUGCUGCGCCAUUUCCGGCGCAACAAAAAGCCCCCCCUCUUCAAACCAGCCCCAACAAGCCCCAGCUGUCAAUCACCAACGACAACGGCAAGACCCGCCUCGCCGGGCCGGCCGUCUCUGCUGGUCCACAGGCCUCUAAACCUCGAGCCCUAUGGAAGAAAAGUGUGGAGACAUUGAAGACCCAGCCUACUGUCGUAUCUCCCGGCCCAAGCCCUGUCCCAGCAUCUGGACCUGGACCUCCACCAAUGAAGAGCCAGCGUUACCUGCCUGAAGAGCCGCCGCACUCUGACAUCUCAGAGUGCUCCAGCCGGCCGCCAUCACACAAAGAUUCAGAUUCCAUGGCGGCGAGGGGUGGAUUCAAGCCUAUCAAUCAGCUGAGGAAGAGGGUUGGGGGAGGAGGAGGAGGAGGUGGGGGUGGAGGAUCCAAGAUCUACUCCAUUGACUCGGACCAGGCCAGUCUCCAUUCCGCUCCGCCCUACCAGCGAGACAGCCAGGGGGGAGGUGACGACCACAGUUACCCCCCUGACCUGUUUCCACCUGACAGCACAUACUCCCACAGUCACACGCUCUCCCACCAGGCGGACGCACCCAUUUUGCAGCUGAGUGCCAGCCUGCUGCACCAUAGUCACAGCGCAGAGGCUGACCUGCACUCCCUGAAGGACAAGAAAUAUAGCACCUACACACACAGCAGCGCGAAGGACAAAGCUGGAGGUUCAUUCGAAGCUCCAGGUGCAGGACAGGGGACACAGAGCGCCAGGCCCGGCCACUGUCGCUCCUGCCUGACCAAGCUGAGCGGUUACUCCGGCCUUUACACUGUCCGCUCACCACAGGCUCGCUGUGAUGCCUGCGCCCACCUGGGAAACCUGUACGACAUCAGCGAAGACCACCUGCACUCCCACUACUCCCACACACACGCUCACCCACACAGCGGGGACAUGUUUACACACUACCUUCCCCAGAGCGAGCUGGGCCUGGUGGGCGAAGGGGACGGGCUAGUCAACCCCUUCGAGCCCUCCCCUUCCUCUCCGUCUCCUCUCCCCACCUCCUCGUCGGCCCAACACCUUCAGCUGAGUCGUCAGCACUCCUACGAGAACGUGCUUCCGGACGGCGUUCCCGAGCGCCAGUCGCAGCUGCACGCCCACCUGCGGGGGCUGAGCCUGCCUGACAGAGAUAGGGAGAGGGAGCUGACCCUGGACGAGGGGGCCUAUGCUAAUGUUCUCACAAUGCGCUCGGAUCGUCCGUUCAGCAGCCGCAGCCCCCCCUCUCCGUCACCCUCCCACCACCACAGUCUGGACGCCCCUAUGCCCCUCCCCCGGCGCUCAAAGAGUCUCUUCCCUGAUCGCCCCUCUCACAACCCUUUCCUCCAGUCAGCUCCUGGCACGACACAACGAGAUCCCUCCCCCCAGGCUGUUACACGCAUGCCACAGAGAAGUUCCGCCCACGAGCUCUAUAAGCAGCGAAUGCCGCUGUCGCUUACGCUAGGUAACCAUGGCAGCCAUCACAACAACCAGCAUGGCGGCCUUGUCGACCAACAGGUGUUCUACCCUCAACAGGAGCCCCCUGUGGUGGCCUACAUGGUCCCACCUGCCGCCGCUCAGCCAAUGAACUAUGUGACAGCGCCGCGAGCCUCGAGCGCAGGUGGCAACAGACCCCGGCUCUACCGCCGCAUGCCCAGCAUCGAGUCUGACGUCUGAGAGUCACACGCAACACACUUACUCUCACUGAAACACACUAGCACACACGCAUGCAAGACAGAGGUGUGUGUGACCGGACCAGGCAGCUCUGAUUCUAAGCACAUACACAGAAACACACAGACACAGACACAUAUAGACAUACUGACACACACACACACACACACACGCACACACGCGCACACACACACACACACACACACAUACGUACAAACACACACAUGGGUGAAAGACGGGAAGGUCUGCUCUGGACUAAAAGGUUAACGGGACGCUAAGUAAAGAGUAAAUAAAUCAUUCUUUAACACACCCUCUAUGGGGCAGGGUUGGGGCCACAGGGACACCUGGAGGCACAAUACAAGAUGAAGAGUGUGAGUGUGUGUACUAGCCUCAAGCUAAGGCCAACGACUGACAAUAUGGCUUACAAGACCGAUCGAAUCCCUGGUGGAAUAAGAGGGACACUGUGCACGGAGUUUAACGCCAACAGUGGGAUGUGAUGGAAGAUACAACAGUGUGUUUGGAACACGAGCCGACUUGUCCUGCCCUCUCACCAACCUCUUGGAGAUGAAGGGGACACACAGAAAACCCCUUUCUUUCUGAGAUCACACACACAUACAAAAAAACACAUACACAUACACACACACAGACACAUAUAUAUCAGCUAAACACACCCGCCCCACUCCAGGACUCUCCUGUUGCACUAUGAUUUCUUCGGUCAACCCAUAUGUUGUCUGAGCCUCCAAACUGCACUGCCAGCAUGGCUUAAAGAGUAGUAAACUACGCUAGAGUAGUCGCUGACUAAAUGGAAAUUACUAUAUUUGUAAUAGACUAGAAUUGAACUGGGAGGCGGGCAGCUGGUCAGGACACAGGUCUAAGAAGCAUAUCAGCUCCUGCCCGCAGAUGUACAAACACUCGAACACACACACACACGCGGGGUGGAGGGGAGUAAAACUACAGACUGUUUGUUAUUGUUGAUGUCAGUUAAUUGAACAUUCCAAAAAGUGGACCAAACAUGGCCGCCAGUCGAAGCCUAUCAGGACGAGAGUGUGUGUUCUAGUGUUUCUAGAUCUAGAGACAUACAGUACAGUAUUAGCACCCUUGCUUCCUCUCUUAGCUAGCCUUCAGGUCAUACUGCAUGCUUCCUACUGCCCUGUGUUACAGUUAAACUCCUAUACAGGGUCAAAUAUGCACACACCCGCACACACAUAAUAUGCACAUAUA